AUGUCGGGAGCGAAGGCGGACUCGCCGGACCCGCCAGCAAAGAGUCAACAUCUUCGGCCGACCAGCAAUGCAAAGCGCCGGAAGCCAACGAGCGGGGAAAGUUGCCUGAUCCCGAUCGCGAGCCGCAUCUCCUACCUCGAGCACCCGCGUCUCCAAGAGAUGCCCUAUUACCAUGGGUUCAUGCCGAGGAGCGAGUGCGAGAAGCUGUUCGAGAAUCCGGCUUUCCGCUGCAACGGCGUCUUUCUAGUGCGACAAAGCGUGCACGAGCGCAAGUACAUCUACGUCAUCUCGUCGUGGUUCGACGGGGCCCUCUAUCACACGCAAAUCUGCUGCAGUGAUAAAUUCCGAUACUGGGUGACGGAUUGGAGCUUUCAAAGUAUCCCGGCUCUGAUCGAGUACCACGUCGACAAGGGUGAUCCGGUGUGUACGGAGGGCUACUACAUUCGAUACCACGCGAAGAAGUCGAGCUGGCAACUCGACCACUCGCAGAUCAUGUGCACGCGGCAGCUGGGCGCCGGGAAUUUCGGAUGUGUCUACGAGGCCCUCUACCAGUAUGAUCCCUACAAAAAGCCGCAACCCUGCGCGGUGAAGACGCUUUUCGGUGAAAAUAUGGACGCCCUACAACGGAGUGAAUUCUAUUCGGAAGCCAAUCAGAUGAAGGAGCUCAAUCACCCGAAUGUAGUCGCCUUUUACGGCGUGGCGACGACGGACGAGCCGAUGCUGCUCGUCAUGGAGCUCGUCGGCGCCAGUUUACAGGGAAAAAUCGAGAAAGAAGAGCAAACCGAGAUCGUGCGACUGAACUGGAUCUACGACGCGGCGAAGGGGAUGCAGUGUUUGGAGGAGCAUGGUGUGCUUCAUCGCGACGUGGCAGCCCGAAAUUUCCUGCUCGACCGCGAGGGCGUCCACGUGAAGGUGUCCGAUUUUGGGCUGUCGAUGGCCCGCGGUGCCAAGGUGGACCCCAAGAAGAACGCCUUGCCGUUGAGAUAUUGGCCACCGGAAGUGCUGAAGAGCUACAGCAAAGCGCAGCCGCACUUUGACCACAAGGCCGACGUCUGGAGCUUUGGCGUCAUGGUCACUGAGCUGUACACCCGCGGGAAGCGCCCGUUCGAGAUCCUCGAGGACAAAAACCCGGACGUGCGCUUCCAGGCGCUGAUCAAAAAGACGAAAAAGGAUUGCUGGAAAAACUACCCGCUGCUGAUCCCGAUGCGCGGCGACCUGGAGAAGAUUGUACAUCGGUGUUUCGAAUAUGACCCCAAGGAUCGGCCGACAUUUGCCGAAUUGGUCCAACUGCUCGCCGAGCUCCCCGAUGUCGUCGUUCAUGUGCUCGAGAAGCCAAAGAGCCUUCGCCGCCGAAUUAUCGACUGGUUCCUCGAAUCCGACCCA